UGGUCAACCCUCCGCGUGACCUCUCCGUGAAGGUGCUCUCCGGAAAGACGGUCAACGUCGACUGGGACCCGCCGCUGGACGGCCGUUUUGACAGCUUCAAGAUCACCAUCGAGCCGCUCAGUGUCCAGGAUGACUCGGGCAUUCGCACGGUGAUGAUCGGCAUUCAGGACUCGACGCCGGUGCCCAUUCGUGAUCUCACGCCAGGCGCCUCCUAUGAGGUGCGCCUGCACACCGUCUACCGCCACGAGGACUCGAAGGUCUACCUGCGGACCAACUUCACCACAGUGCCCAGCGUGCCCUCUACGCCGACCAUCUGGUACCGCAAUGAGACGACGCUGCUGGUGAAGAUUGCCAGUCCGCCGGCGGAGUCCAUCUUUGACCACUACAAAGUGACCAUCUUUCCUGACGACGCCGAUGAGCCGGUGCAAAGUAUUGAGCGGCCUGAGCAGGGCAAGGCCCAGGCUGCUUUCCACGGCCUCAGUCCGGGCAAGCCGUACAACAUCAGCGUACAGUCGGUCAGUCUGGACAAGAUCAGCGAGCCGGCCAGUGCCGUCUUCCUCACUGUGCCUUUUGCGCCCUCACUCGGCGGUGAUCCUUAUGGCUCUAAACCUACUGAUCAGAUGGCAUCCGGCUCUUCAAACUACGGCUAUGGUCACAUGUCAGCCGCAUCCUCAUCCGCCUCCUCCACCUCAAUGUUCGCCUCAAUGCACAGUGCGCCCAUCUUUACCAACGGCGGCCCACCGUCAGAUCUCACUUCACAAGACGGACGAGACGCCGAGAUUCAGUGCGAAGCGAGCGGUUCCCCCUACCCCAGCGUCGAGUGGUACUUCUCCUCCAGCUCAGGAGGCCAUCAACAACAACGGAAACUUGACCUGAACAGCUCUCCAAAGUACGGCGUCAAUGCCCAUGGAGCGCUGAGCAUUACCCAGCUGGAGAAGGCCGAUGAGGGCGCCUACACGUGCAUUCGAUCGAAUGCCCUGGGCAAAAUUGACGGCACCACAAAGCUCAGUGUGAUCAUCCGCACGCAGAUCGACCAGCCACCGGUGGACAGCAAGGUGAUUCUCAGCUCGACGGCGGAGCUGCAGUGCCGCGUCCGCCACGACGCCUCCGUCGCCGUCAAGAUCUACUGGACCUUCAACAAGCGCAAUCUGACCUCGAGUUCGAGGAUUAAGGUCGCCUCUGAUGGGACACUGCGCAUUGAACAGGUUCGCAACACCGACGUCGGCCUGUACACGUGUCGAGUCGACUCGAUCGGCGGCAGUGAGAAGCGUUCCGCCCGACUGGAUGUCAUUGAGCUGCCCCACCCGCCCACCAAUGUCAUGGCGGAGCUGAACGUCAACGGCGGUUUGGUGAACGUCAGCUGGACACCGCCCUUUGACGGCAAUUCGCCCAUAAUCAAGUACGUCGUGCAGAUGCGAACUGUCAGCAGUGGAGGCCCUCUCUCGUCUUCCUCAUCAUCAUCAUCUUCCUCAUCGUCCUCCUCAUCGGAGAACUCAAAGGCUGAAGGGGCUGGUGGUGGUCCUGGUUCAGGCGGCAGUCCCUCCACAGAUGACGAGCUCGUUUAUGGUGUGAACACGUGGACGACCGCUUCGAUGAACAUCUCCGCCUCGCAGAACUUUGUGCUCAUCACCAACCUCCGUCCGGCGACGACCUAUCAGUUUCGCGUCUCCGCGGUGAACAGCGUCGGCGAGGGUCAGCCCAGUUCACCCAGUCACCCGCCCAUCACACUGCCCGCCCAGCCACCAAAUGCCAGUCCGGUGGGAGUGGUGGGUGCUCCUCGUUCGAGCACAGCCAUCACCAUUCAGUGGCAGCAACCGCCACUUGAGUCACACAACGGUCAGCUGAUGGGCUACAUGGUGCGCUACAAACUGGCCGGAUACGCCGAGCACACGCCCUGGUACACGCACAAUGUUACCAAUCCGGCGCAGAUGUCCUGCCUUUUGGAGGACCUGAUCGUCUGGCAGAACUACCAGAUUCAGGUGGCCGCCUACAAUGAAAUGGGCGUCGGUGUCUACAGUUCGAGCAUCUACGUGAGGACAAAAGAAGGCAAACCAGCAGCACCGGUGCGCGCCCUCGAGGCGGAAGCGGUCAACUCGACGGCGAUUCGCGUCACCUGGAUGCCACCUGACCCGCAACUGAUCAACGGCAUCAACCAGGGCUACAAAGUGCAGGCGUGGCUAUCGAGGAACACCACCUCGGUAGUGUCUUCAGAUGACGCUGAACACUCUGCCAACAGUGUGUACCGACUUGAGCACUCGCAUCCAUCUCGAGAGAUCAUUGUCCCGCCGGCACCCUUCCAGGACGGUCUGCAAACGGCAAUCAUCGACGGUCUAGAGCCAUACACCGUCUACGAUGUGACCGCUCGCUGCUUCACAAGUGCUGGCGAUGGCCCAAAGGCCGAUCCGCCACAAGUGGUCACUACCAAACAGGACCUCCCGCUGGAGGUUUCCUUCCUCAAGUUUCGCGACAUUCUCGACAAGAGCGUUCGCGUGCUGUGGGGCAAGCCAAAGAAGGUCAACGGUAAGCUGCUCGCCUACACACUGCGCUACAACACCGUUGGCGCCGAUGCCUCCUCCACGACGGUGCUCAAUCUGACGGCCACUGACAAUCAGACGGUGAUCAGCACGCUGAAGCCGCAGACCGCCUACACCUUUGAGAUUUACGCGUGGACGGACGUUGGCGCUGGGCCGAUCGUCUCCUCGACGAUUCAGUCUUCAGUGCCGCCGGUGCUGCCCGUGGCGCCCACCCACCUGGCCAUCUCUAACAUUGGCCCCUUUAGUGUGGUGCUGCAGUUUACGCCCGGCUUCAACGGCAACGCCUCCAUCACCCGGUGGAUCGUCGAGGGACAGCUGUUUAAGCUGCGCAACUCCAACCACUGGAACGUCGUCUACGAGUCGACGAACCACAGUCAGGAUGACGCCAUCACAGUGCACGCCCUCCGUCCCUACACCGAGUACCGUCUGCGGCUGAUCCCCGUCAACGUGGUGGGACGCAGUCUGCUGCCCAGUGAGUCCUCCCCUCCCUUUCAGACGCUGCAGGCACUUCCCGCCGGCCCACCCUCCAACGUCACCGUUCGAACGGUGUCGGCGACGGCGCUGCGAGUUCGCUGGACGCCCCUGCCGCCCGAGUCCUGGCACGGUCACCCUCGCGGCUACAACAUCACCUGGAGAGAGCUGGACGCAGAGGGCCAGCCCACUGCCGACUCGCCCCUGCGCAGCUACAUCCUCGCCGACUACCACUCGCACUCCUAUCUGAUUACCUCGCUGAAUGAGUUCACCAACUACCGCAUUCAGGUGAUGGCGCUGAACGACCUGGGCACCUCUAGCGGCAGCCACUCCAUUGUGCAGCGUACCAACGAGGCGACGCCCAGUUCAGGGCCGAAGCUGGUGAAGGUGCGGGCGACUAGUUCGACGACGGUUGUGGUGGAGUGGGGCGCCAUUCCGCCGGCCGACUGGAACGGCAUCAUCCAGGGCUUCAAAGUACGCUACAGCGCCAUCAAGGCGGGAGCCGGCCUGGUAGAGGGCGCCCAGUUCAAGAUCAUCGAGAACAAUGCCACACAGACGGCCACGCUGACGGAGUUGAAGAAGUACACCAAGUACCAGAUCAGCGUGUGCGGCUUCACGCACGUCGGCGACGGCGUCUACAGUCAGGCGGUGACGGAGACGACCUUUCAGGACGUGCCCGGCCCACCCUCCAACGUUACCUUUCCCGAUGUGACGUUGACCACUGCUCGCAUCCGCUGGGACAUUCCUGAGGAACCGAACGGGGAGAUUCUCGCCUACAAGGUGGCCUACCGUCUCUCUGACGACCACGACCGACGGGGCAUCAUUCGAGAGUUCCUCUCCUCGGACCGCACUUAUCGCUUCCUCGACCUCCGCCCGGAGACGUACUACGUCUUUGAGGUGACCGCCAAGACCAACGAGGGCUGGGGCAAGGCAGCCAAGGUGACGGUGUACACGACCAACACCCGAGAGCUGCCCUCGCCGCCCUCACAGCCGCUGAUCAGCGUCUCGCAGAUCAGCUCCCGCCAGGUGACGAUCAGCUGGACGCCGGGCAGGGACGGUUUUGCGCCCCUUCGCUACUACACCGUACAGAUCUCUUCCCAGGGCGGCCACUGGUGGACGUACCCCAGCAAGAUUGAUCCCACUUUGCGCUCCUACACGGUGACCGACCUGAAGCCCUUCACGACGUACCAGUUCCGACUGAAGGCCACCAAUGACAUUGGCGACUCGGGCUGGAGCUCAGAGUCGCCCAUCACCCGGACGCUGCCCGCUCCGCCGGACACUGUCCCGCAGAAUGUCAUCGUCUCGCCGUACACGCCCACCUCGGUCAUGGUCAAGUGGCACCUGAUUGAGGACUGGAACGGCGACGAAAUGGGUGCCGGCUAUCGCAUUCAGUACUGCCUCAUCACGCAGCAGGGCGUCUCUACGUCCUGUCCCUCGUCGAUUGUGCGGGGCAAGAAUCGCACCAGCGUCACCAUUGAGAACCUGGAGAGGGACCAGCACUAUGAGAUUAAGGUAGUGCCUUUUAAUGGACAGGGCGACGGGCCAUCCACCAAAGCGAAGGUCGUCUACGUUGGAGAAGCCGUGCCCACCGGUGAACCGCUAGACAUUACCACUGAGGCCCUUUCCUCAACGGAGAUACGAGUUUCCUGGCGACCGCCAGAUUUAAACAAGCAGAACGGGCAAAUCAUGGGCUACAAAAUCUUCUACUGGGUGCACAGUCCAGUGGUCACGGAGCCAGGUAGUGCUGGCANUUCCUGGCGACCGCCAGAUUUAAACAAGCAGAACGGGCAAAUCAUGGGCUACAAAAUCUUCUACUGGGUGCACAGUCCAGUGGUCACGGAGCCAGGUAGUGCAGGCAGUCCUGGUGGUGGUGGUGGAAAACGUGCUAAGGGAAGUCAAGGCACGACCACCUCUUCUACGACGACUACCACGACCAGUUCACCGGUGUCGCAGGCGACCCGUGAGCUAAUGGAGAUCGUGCCAGACACCUCGGAGUCCUUCAUCCUCCUCGACCUGCUGAAGUGGACCAACUACAGCAUUCAGAUAUCGGCUUUCAACCCUGCCGGUGAUGGGCCCCGCUCAAAGGCGGUCAUUGUCCAGACGAAGGAGGACUUGCCCGGAGAGGUGGGCCGGCUGACCUUUGACGAGAUUACCAUGUCGCAGGUGAAGGUGAGCUGGAAGCCGCCGGCGGAGCCCAGCGGCGUCCUCCUCGGCUACUACAUCACCUACGAGACGCUGGUGGGCGACUUCAGCAAGCAGGUGAAGCAGAAGAUCAAUGACAAUUACCUGGUGGUCAGUGGACUGCGAGAGCGGGUCACCUACACCUUUAAGGUGCGAGCGGAAAACAGCGUCGGCCUGGGACCGGAGAAGAUUGGCAAUGUUACCACCGGCCCUCAGCCCACCUCUCCACCGCCGCCCUUUGAGGUGAUCUCUAUGCAGACGCUGACCUCUGUCAAGCUGAAGUGGAAGAACCCAGACUAUCGCGAAAACGGCCUCAUCGGGUACAUCAUCGAGGCAAACAAUCUGAACAAGAAGAGCGCCCUCGAGUGGGCGCCCAUUGCCUCGCUGCGAAAUGGCCGCCAAGACCGCUUUGAGCUGAGCCUCGGGGUGCUCUCCCCCAGUUCGCAGUACACCUUCCGCAUCAUGGCCUUCAACGGAGCGGGCGUUUCAGAGCCCGCCUACCCAAACAAGAUCUACGGCGGCUCGGCGGUGAUCAGCACGCCCUCCAAUCUGGAGCUGCGCGCCCGUAUGCCCUACUACCGAGAGAGCUGGUUUGUCAUCCUCUGCGCCUGCAUGUCCGUCAUCAUCACCAUCAUGGUCAUUGCCUUCCUCUGUGUGCGCAACAAAACGUACAAAUACAAAAAGGAGGCCAGCAAGAACAGCAACGGCAGCCAGGACCGACUCAGUGAACUGGGCUUCGGACUGGACGACAACAUCGACGUGCCCGGCAGCGGUGGCCCGAGCAGCUUCAGUCCGCUGGAGUUUGAGAUGCGCUCUACCGGAUCGCAAAUGCCUCCUGAUUACACUCUUCCGGUUAUUAGACUGCGGCAACUGCAUAACACCCCUGCCCAUCACGACGAUCACUCUCCUAAUGACGGUCACCACGACGAGGAUGGCAACACCGGUGGCAACAGUCCUGACCUGAUGAUUGGCCUGGGCGUCCUCUUUGACCUGAUCAUCGUCGGCAUCGUCAUAGCCGUGCUUUGCUACUACGGAGGCAACGAAGGUGGUGGCGGCGGUGGUAGCGUCGGCGGAAGUAAAGCGUCCAAGGGCGGCAGGAGCAGCAAAAAGAGCAAGAAGGUCAAAUCCAGCAAAAAGUCAUCGGGUGGAAAGUCGAAAAAGUGA